AUGCCUCCAAGUCAAGCUCCUCCAAGUCAAGCUCCUCCAAGUCAAGCUCCUCCAAGUCAAGCUCCUCCAAGUCAAGCUCCUACAAGUCAACCAUUUGAUUCGUUUGCAACUGCGCAGCCGUACGUGAGCUCUCCAAUUACGUCGCCAGCUACGCCCCAUCAGAUGCAAAGUGCUGUUCCACCUCCGCCUCCUAAGAUACCUCAAGAAUAUUCAAGCCCACCUGUGGGGCCCUAUUUCCCCACACAAGGCCCAGAGCCACCAAACAUGGGCUUUUACGGGUUCCAACCAUCUGUUCUGAUGAACUUUGACCCCAAUCCAUCUCAAGCCAGCUCUUCGGCUUUGGGCUAUGGCUCGCCUUCUGGCUGGGAGCAUCUUGGUCAAAAUACCGACUUUGACGACGCAGCUUGGUUUCCAGAUCGUGUACACCAUCAUCAGGAGACGGUCCAUCCCAAUGAGACGGCCCAAUCACCCCCUGUGUAUUCAACUGGAAUGCCUAGUUCCCCUUCUGGUCAUGUUCCACAGGCAAACGCAGCUCAGCAAGCCCCGGUCCAUCCCCAAGGGACGUUUCAAUCGCCUGUGUACUCAACUGGAUCGCCGAAUCAUGGGAUGCCGAGUCCCCCAGUUGGGCAUAUCUCGCAUGUUAAUACGGCUCAACAAGCUCCAGUGGGCGCAAUAUAUGGCUCUCCACAUGUGCAGAGACAUGGUUCUCUGUCACCUGUCAGCUCUGCUCCAACGCAAGGGGUACAUACCCCACCUCCCGCUCGAACCGACAGUGUAGUGUCUGGAAUUUCUUUCUCGGGGCAGUCAGAGAGAACAGAGAGCAUCGAUCAUGUCAUUGAUUCAUUGGUUCAGCCACCCGAGAAGCCUUUUCAACCAGAUUUUGCCAAUAGUUCACCUCAUCCUGAUCCCGUCGCUCAAAACAGAAGUAGCACGGUUGAACCACUGAAUAUCGUUCAAUCUCCUGUCCAGGGUAUCCAACCUGUUCAUGAGACCUUGCCAGCAGCAACAUCUUCUCCAAAGACAGAAGACCUGGUGGCGAAAGUAUCAGAUCCAUAUGAGGAUCUAGAUCCUUGGUUCAAAUCCUCCCUUACGCGCUAUGUCGCGAUGCUCCGAAAGGAAGCGGUGGCUGAUUCGGACGAAGAGCGUUAUAAAAUCUUUACAGCUUUCACGGCAAAAGAAAUCAAACUUCGAGAGAUUCUUUACAAUAUCGAACCGGAGCCUCCACUCUCUGUCAAAGUACCACCCAUUCAUAUCUCAGAGCCAUCACCAGUGUCUCGAUUCUCUUCUAGCCUUUCUGAGGAGAGCAAGGUGCCUAUAGAAUCCGGCUUAAUUCCUGUGGAAACGGAAGAAAGUCCUUCAUUAACCGAUGAAAAUCAAAAUAUGGAAGAUGUGGACGAUGCCGGGAGUGACUACAGUUCUGGAGGGCGACCCAUUAUACGCAAGCAAGCUGAAGGGGCACAAUGGCACCCCGAUCUUUCUAAUCUUUCACGUGAAGAUAAUACGGGCCAUUCAUCUCAGACUUCAUCGAUGCGUUUGGAUGAGAAGGCUCCCGAACCCAUUACAUCAAGUCCUCCGCGACCGAUCUAUACGCCCUUCCAAUACACUGAAGGGCCCCAGCGUGGCUCAGACAAUCUCACAUUUGACCGGCCAGCAUAUCAGGCCUAUUCAGAUCUCCGUCAAGCGUCAAACGGGCGUGUCCUAGCGAGUGGUCCACCCUCUAUAGCUCAGACAAAAUCUGCCACAUUGACUGUUUCCCCUCUCCCAAAUGACCACGAUGAGACUUUUCUUGGCAUAAUUCGGCAUAAGAGCAGUGCCUAUCGGUCAAAUGAUUGCCGCAACACAACACCACUUCCAUUGUUACCCGAGGCUCUUAAAAUGGGUCGAUCGGGUAACUUAGUUGAGGAUCUGCGCGCUAUGGUUUUGACACCCUUGGACAAGCAGUCUGAGAGUUCAUGGCAUAAAACAACCCGUGAAAGUAUUGGAAAAUAUCCUGAUGAUUUCUCGUACAUUCAAAAUACGAACAAUGAUUGGGAAGUCGCUACUAAAGCCCACAGGCACAAGAUAGAUCAGGAUCGUACAGCGCGACAGGAGGAUUCAGAGGCCCAAAUCGACGAUCUCUUUAACGCAAAGGAGAUUGGUUAUGGAGAUAUUAAUACUCUGGAAGAAGACUUUAGGCAAAGUGAAGCUCGUAUUCAACUCGAUGAGGAGCGGCAUGAAAUGGACGACUUCAUCAAGCAUGUUUUCAAUCCUCUGGACGAGCGACUGAACGAUGAAAUUUCUGCUCUUCGCAAAUCCUACGAUUCUGCUCUCAGUCAACUUGACCGAGAUCGACAGAGGAAGAGCUCCCCUAUCGAGCAAUGCAGUCCAUCCAUCACAAUGAAGUUGAUCAAUGAUAUCCACGGCAAACUAGAGCUUCGGUUCCAGAAACGACUGGAAAUCGCAUUAGACUGCGAGCGGCGCCGCAAGAAGGCUGAGCGCCGUCCAAUGGUGUUUAUGGGUGACAAGGCCGGCUUAAUAAAGUUAGAUGGUGACUUUGACCGAAUGGAGAAACGAAACAUAUUAGAGGCAGCCAAGGACCACGAUUACCGAGCGAACCGGUUGAUGGACUCGUUCGACGAUGCAAUCUUGCACGGACUUGGUAUAAACCAGAGUCUGAUGGACGAUCUUGAAGCGAAAAUCGCCCGGCUAGACGCCACUAGCAUACAUGCAAGCAGACUUUCAAAUUCUGAGAUGGAGCAGAUACUCAAGUCUGCGACAAAGUUUGCUGCAUUGCUUUGUGCUGAUUCAGAGGCUAUCCUCCGUGGCUCGGGAGUUGCAGAGAUGGCCCUCAACAAUGCUGACUACAAUGUCUCAGUUGCCGAAGCGCGCUAUGCUGAUUCAGAGCCGGAUAUUUUCACUCGUCUUGAGGCUGAAAAGAAGAAAGAGGAUACUCUUCUCCAGCGUGAUCUGCACUCCAAGCUACAAAGCAUCCAAAAAGCUCCGAGAGAGAUUGAUAUUGCCGUUCAAUCCCUACUCCGGGGCCUAGAUGAUGCGAUUUCUUCGCCACAGAGCUCUCACUCGCCACUGGAACUGCCGCUAGAACUUCGUUCUGCCACGGCCCCUCCUAUUCAAAGUCAAAGUCAGGGUCAGAGUCCGCCUCCCAAGUCACAAACUCCCGACCUCAAAACAGAGCAUCAGGAACGACUGCGCAAAGCUUUGGAAGAUGCGAAGAAACGCAAUGCAGCCAAAGACGACCAAUAA